GACAGUAGGGAGGCACAGCAGUCCAGGUGGAUAUUAUGUCGUUAACGGCGACUGACUCCAAUGAGCAGGCGGGCACCAUACGCCAAAGCAGAGACGCGGUCAGCUUUUAAAGGAUAAAAAAAAAAAUAAACAACGUAACGCAACUGCCAAGAUCCCGUUGGAAACUUUUGGUUUCGUCCUGAGCUCUAGAACGACUCGUACCUCCUCCCAACUCGUCCAGCCAUGUCUUCCUCCUACAACAGCAGCGCGCGGUUCAAUGAGGCCCGGAGAGUGGCGAUCUUCGGCGGCACUCACGGCAACGAGAUGUCCGGCGUGACACUCGUUAACCUGUGGAUGAAGAACGGCGCCGAGAUCCAAAGGAAGACCGUCGACACGAAACCUUUCAUCACCAACCCCCGGGCUGUGGAGAAAUGCGCCAGAUACGUGGACACGGACCUGAACCGAGCUUUCACCCCAGAAAACCUCAGUGCUUCUGGGGGCAAGGAGUUGCCCUACGAGGUGCAGAGAGCUCAGGAGAUCAACAGACUGUUUGGCCCGAAAGGAAGCCCGGAGGCCUACGAUGUCAUCUUUGACCUCCACAACACCACAUCUAAUAUGGGCUGCACUCUCAUUCUGGAGAACUCAAAAGACCACUUCAAUCUGCAGAUGAUGAACUACAUCAAGAAAUCCAUGGCUCCCGCCAGUUGUCUUGUUCUGCUAAACGAACAUCCUCUUCUGAAGUAUUCCACUUCCCGCUCCGUCGCCAAACAUCCCGUUGGCUUGGAGGUGGGUCCUCAGCCCCAAGGGGUUUUGAGGAGUAACAUAUUUGAAGCAAUGAGGGUCAUACUGAAACAUGCUCUGGACUUCAUCGCUUUGUUUAAUGAAGGCAUGGAAUUUCCGUCCUGCACAGUGGAAGUUUUUCGGGUUUCAGAAAGGGUUGACUACCCGAGAGACGCCAAUGGAAACAUCAUUGCCAUGGUGCACCCCAAUCUGCAGGACUGCGACUGGGAGCCAUUGAACCCAGGUGACCCAAUGUUCCAAACAUUUGAUGGGAAAACCAUACCCUACCAAGGCACCGGCACUGUUUAUCCCACAUUCAUUAAUGAGGCUGCCUAUUAUGAAAAACAACAGGCUUUUGUUACCACUAGACGGGAAACUCUCGUGGCAAGUGCCAUCAGAAAAGCAUAAAAAAAAAUGUGGAUCUCAUGUGCGCACGUGUGCCACCUCAACAAUUUGUAUAUAUCUUUUGCACUUUGUUCCUCACUUAACAAUCGAUGCCCUCACCGGCUCAAUGGUUUUAUUUUUUUGUGCACUUACUGACAGCAAAUCAGUUCACUAUGCAAAGAAUGUGGAAUCUUUGCAAGGCAAAGUCUUUGCUGUGACUAGUCUUUAAUCCGAAGACUAAAGGUACAGUAUAUUGUGGUUAUUUAUGAUACAGUUGUUAUUUAAAAAUAUACUUUUGAUGAAAUCAAUUCCUUUAUGAGAUUAAAUCUUGAUCUUAAUCAUUAAAGGCCUGAUUAGUUACUGCUUUACAAUUAGUUGCGGUAUAUUUUCUUUUUCUGCUCAGGAAGCUCUUUGGUGAUCAUAACCUGCAACCUUUGACCCCCAGCGGUAGUGAUUUGUCUUCCUCAUUCAUAUAAUUGUAAAAUCCUGGGAGGUUAUUUGUGGCCUUUGAAACUACUUGCCUGUAACUUUUCGGGUUGCAUCUAUGGUGCUCCUACUCCUAUUGUUGCCUUAAAAAAGACUAAAUUGCACUGCCAAAUUGAACAUGAUGUGUUGGAUGACAACAUACAGGUAUUUUAAUAAUAAUAAGAAGAAUAGUAUACACUUUAUGCUCUUUCCCUCUUUACACAAUGAAAAAGUAAUAUAUAUAUAUAUGUCUAUUUUGAUAUUCUUGUACUGUAUGUUUGAAGUGCUGUGUAGCUGUUAAGUCAGUUGUACAUUGUUAUUACAUGUUUUUAUGUCUUUGUCGUCAUCUAGGGUGUACUUGUCUUAUCAUAGUGAUUCAUUAUAAUGUUUCAUUACUAUACAUGUUACCACCAUGUUUAUGAUAAUCAAAGUUCACUGUUUCAAUCCUGUGGAAAUAGUCCCCCAAAUAAAUGUAAAAUAUUGA